AUGGCUUCAAAAAAAGGUUCAAAUAAUAAAAAGAGUCAAACAUGUUUAAAUAUUGAAAUACAAGAUUUUAUUGAAAUUGGGAAUGACAUACCUGCUGAUGAUCUUUUACCUAUAUGGACACAAGAACAAAAGAAUAUGGUUCCAUCAAUUAUCACUGAUGUUGAUCAAAUCGAACAACCGAUAAAAUAUAUAGCCGGUUUAGAUAUAAGUUUCGUUAAAACAAAUGAUAAAGCUGUCGCAUCCAUGGUUAUUUUUGAUUAUGAAACGUUAGAUAUCGUAGCUAAAAUAAGUGUUCAUUGUAUUUUGAAAAUUCCAUAUAUAGCUGGUUAUUUAGCAUUUCGUGAAGCUCCAGUCUUUAUGAAGUUAAUUGAUAUUCAAAAACAACAUUGCCCUCAUUUAACACCACAAGUUAUUUUAAUAGAUGGAAAUGGUGUUUGGCAUCCACGUCGUGCUGGUAGUGCUUCACAUUUUGGAGUUUUAAGUGGUAUUCCAUGUUUUGGUGUAUCGAAAAAUGUUCUUUAUGUUGAUAGUAUUACACGAGAUAAAAUUCACGAAUUGUUAACUGAAAAAGCACCUGGAAAAGAUCAAUAUAUUGAAGUAACUGAUGACAGUGGAAAUGUUCUUGGUAUAGCUUAUAAUGUAACUGGCUCUAUAAAACAUGCUGUUUAUAUUAGUGUGGGACACAAAAUAACAUUGAAAACAGCUUGUGAUAUAUUCAAAUCAGUGACUAAAUAUCGUAUUUGUGAACCAAUACGACAAGCUGAUUUACUUAGUCGGGAAAUAGUUGCUAAACUUUCUUAA